GGGCCGCGCUGUGCCCGGGCCGGGGUCGGCGGCUCCGGAGAGCUCGGAGGCAAGAGCCGGGAGCGGGGGAGCCCCGGCGGCGACGGGCGGCGCGGCGCGGCGCCGGCUCUGCCCCGCGCCGCGGCCAGGGGCGCGCGCCAGGGUGCCCCGCGGAACCCGGGCCCCGGGUCCUCGGGGCGCGGGGUCUGCGGCGGGGCGGUGCCCGGCCAGCCAUGAGCGCCCCGGCGGCCGCCCGCAAGGGCUUUUACCGCCAGGAGGUGACCAAGACGGCCUGGGAGGUGCGCGUCGUGUACCAGGACCUGCAGCCCGUGGGCUCGGGCGCCUACGGCGCCGUGUGCUCGGCGGUGGACACCCGCACCGGGGCCAAGGUGGCCAUCAAGAAGCUGUACCGGCCCUUCCAGUCCGAGCUGUUCGCCAAGCGCGCCUACCGCGAGCUGCGCCUGCUCAAGCACAUGCGCCACGACAACGUGAUUGGACUGCUGGACGUGUUCACGCCUGAUGAGACCCUGGAUGAUUUUACAGACUUUUACCUGGUGAUGCCGUUCAUGGGCACCGACCUGGGAAAGCUCAUGAAGCACGAGAAGCUGAGUGACGACCGAAUCCAGUUCCUUGUCUACCAGAUGCUGAAGGGGCUGAAGUACAUCCAUGCUGCUGGUGUCAUCCACAGGGACCUGAAGCCUGGCAACCUGGUGGUGAAUGAGGACUGUGAACUGAAGAUCCUGGACUUCGGCCUGGCCAGACAGGCCGACAGCGAGAUGACUGGGUAUGUGGUGACGCGCUGGUACCGGGCACCUGAGGUCAUCUUGAAUUGGAUGCGCUACACGCAGACGGUGGACAUCUGGUCAGUGGGCUGCAUCAUGGCCGAGAUGAUCACAGGAAAGACGCUCUUCAGAGGCAGCGACCACCUGGACCAGCUGAAGGAGAUCAUGAAGGUGACGGGGACGCCCCCCGAGGAGUUCGUGCAGAGGCUGCAGAGUGCGGAUGCCAAGAAUUACAUGAAGGGUCUCCCUGAGCUGGAGAAAAAGGAUUUUGCCUCCGUCCUGACCAACGCAAGCCCUCUGGCGGUGAACCUCCUGGAGAAAAUGCUGGUGCUGGAUGCAGAGCGGCGGGUGACGGCGGCCGAGGCGUUGACCCACCCCUACUUCGAGUCGCUGCAGGACACGGAGGAUGAGCCCAAGGCCCAGAAGUAUGACGAGUCCUUUGAUGACGUGGAUCGCACGCUGGACGAGUGGAAGCGAGCCCUCCCACCUGAGCAGCUGCACACCCCCUCGUCCCACAAGCAGGAUAAGGUCCACUCCAGGCAGCGCCUCAGCCUUCCUCGCUAGCCCUCCCAUGUCCCCCCCACCCCCGCCCUCUGAGCCGUUCAGCCCCCACUCCACUUCUGCUGCACCCCCAGGCUUUGCGUCAGCCGUCCCCCUAGACCAAGGACCCCUCCUCAUCUCUGAGGGCUGCCCGGGCCUGCUCAGUCUGAGGCUGGGCUCAGGAACACCUGCCCAGGUCUCCAGCCUCCUUCGUGCUGGAGUGGGCCUUGUCCAUCUCCACCGCAGCAGGGCAGGUGUCCUCUCGGCUGCAGGACCCGCCGGGGGAGCAGGGAUGUCUGCGGGAGCAGCCUGUGCCCUUGGAGCUGUGGUGCUGGCUGCCAUGGUCCUAGACCCCAUGCUGCCUCUGCCUCAGACCCGCGCUGGGGUCCUGCGCGU